GUUAUGAUGGAGGAAGUUCAGUUGAGUGGUGACAGCAGAGGUGGUCAUGUGGACGUCUGGGUCUCCACGCCUUCUCCUGCUCCUCUUCCUCUUCCUCCUCCUCCUCCUAGUGGCACUUUUCUCCACGGUUCAAGGACGCCCCUCACCACCAGGUAGGUGGUGGUGGCCGUCGUCUCCAGCAGAGAGCGUGGUUGUUCACCCAGUGUGGCCUCGCACUGUACCUUCCCUGCAUAACCUCAACUCCUACUCUACACUCGCUAACCACUACCUCCGCUGGGGCUCUGCCGCUGACUUGGACAACUACGGUGAUUUGAUAAGUUCUGGGGACCUGGUGAGUGAUGGAAACCUUGACGACUUGGUUAGCGCUGAAGAACUGGAUGACCUGGUGAAUGACAGGAGACUUGAUGACCUAGAGAGUGACGAGGAACUUGAUGACCUGGUGAAUGACAGGAGACUUGAUGACCUAGAGAGUGACGAGGAACUUGAUGACCUGGUGAAUUACAGGAGACUUGAUGACCCAGUGAGUGAUGAGGACCUUGAUGACUUGAUGACUGACGGGAACCUUCAUGACUUAAUGAGCACCGGAGACUCUCAGAGCUCUUUGGAUCCAAUGAGCACCGGGGAUUUAGUCAUCCCCGGGGACCUGUUCAGCUCAGGGGAUAUAGUGAACACUGGAAAUUUAUUGAGCACUGAAGAACUCUUUCGCUCAAACGGCUUAGCUAUGCCCGGUGAUCUGGCGAGUGGCGAAGACUUGGUGGACUCUGGUGACCUGGUAAUUCCCGGGGAUCUAGUGAGCACGAAUGACCUGGCCAGUCUCGGACGCACCAAGAGGAAGGUGGUCUCCAGCGGCGGCCACUACAUCGUCUGGAGCAGGUCCGGCACCUCGCCAUGGAGCUCCGCCGGCUACGAAAGCGUCGGCGACUACAAGAUCAACCACCAGCGGGAAUACGGUUGGAAUCAUCGAGGUAAGAUCGGCGACGGUGGCUCCAGGAAGACCUUCCCGCCCCAGCCGGAGCCUAGAAGAGGCCGACGGGCACCCAGGAAGAAGCUAAGCAAGUCCUUCAAGAGGGAGAUCGCUCAGUACGCAAUGGUGUACGGCCCACAAAACGCCGCUUUACAUUACGAGAAAAGCAUCGGCAGGAGACUCAGAGACAGAGUGGUCAAUAAGUUUGUCCAGAGGUACCAAGAAAGACGGAAAAGAAAAAGGAGAAGGAGAAGAAGACUCGGCCAAACGUGAAUAAUUCUGGCUAUGUGUUUGCGUGUAGGCUUGGCGAACGACUGCCUGGCGUACCUUACAUAGUGGACACGUCCCUUGUUAGCCAGCAUGAAAGUAUCUUCCUUCUGAAUCAAGAAUACCGGCACCACCAGGGAAGUCUCCGUAUUUUUCUUUCUUGACCUCGACUGACCUCUGAAUAGGCCUCCGAGUGACCUCUAGGAGCCUAUUCUAGGCUCAGAUUAACUAGAGACAUCCAGGUGACCUUGUCUCAGUGUGCGUCCAUGUUAGUUUUGUCGCUAGAAGAAAAAACUGACACUGGUAUUUUUCAUAACAUGAACAUGACUUGGGUCAGUGGUGCCGGUCGUAUGGCGGAGACGUGGCACGCGUGUCUUUGAACACGUGACGGUGGUAUAGCAAUUACCCUGCGGUGAACCAUGGCAGCAGCGUCCGCUGACUUACCUGUGCUGGACUCUAUUGUGAGUGCUGCUAGGUGUCUUGAGGAACUUUCUGAGUCUCCACUUCUGGCUGACGUCACCGCCUCUACCUCCACUAUCUUCCUCACCCAUAUUGGGUACACAAACUGCACCAAGAACUUUAUUUUUCUAGAUUAUAUAAAUAAAACUAUGCCAUUAACAUAAGUUUCUUUU